CAGGGACUCUUAAGUUGGACAGCAUGUGGUUUCCUUGUUCUAGGUGUGUACGGUGUGGUACCUGGCAGGCCACUGUUUCACUGAACGCAACACGUUCGGGGUUCGCACAGUUCGCACACAUCAUCACUUGAAGCUGAAUAACUAUCACGUUGGCUAUGGCAGUAUGAAUCGCACUGAGCUGAGGACUGUGAGGGUGUUGGAGGUAUGGAUACCGAGAGACUAUGUGUACUUGGACACACAAACUCCGGGUGGCCGUAUCUUCAGGCUUAGUAGUGAUUUGGCCAUCGCGAAAUUGGCAGAGCCCCUUGCCUUCUCAGACAAUGUGGCGGCAAUCCCGCUUUCUGGAGACGAGUCUCAUCUGCGACAUGGCUCGGACCUGACUGCUAGUGGAUGGGGAAGCAUAUUAGGAUCGGGCGACUUGGCACCUGGCCAUUUACCACAGCAGCUGCAGUUUGUGACUCUGGAUCACCUGUCAGAUGUCUGUGACAGAAUGUACAAUAAUGAUCAAUAUACUUUGCUCGGCAAUUCAAGCACUUGGUACAGCCGAAGGGAGAUGCUUUGUGCAGGAUGUGAAAUGGGAGGCUCGGGCACGUGCAAUGGGGACAGUGGUGGUCCACUGAACAUUCGGUCAAGUGGGGGAUGCCCAGUGCAAGUGGGAGUGACGAGUUUUGGAAAUCACGAACGUGAUGUAUGCGAUCUGACCACGUUCCCCAGUGUGUUUGCCCGCGUCAGCCAUCUCUUGCCCUGGAUAGAGCAUGUCGUAGGCCAGCCAGUGCGGAGCACUGUUGUCCCACAGCCGACAACCCAUUGUGAGAACUGCCUUGGGAAUGACAAUCCCGCCGGCAGAGAAUGCGAGCAAGCACAAGAGUAUGGGAUGCAUAAAUGUGUCGUACAAUCGCUCCUUGCGAGCUCAUUCAUUUUGACGAAGCCAAGGUGUAAUAAGGAGGGGAAGCACCGACUUAUGGCAUACAUCAACUUCCACAGGGGGUUUCAGAAUGCUCCAGAAGUCGUGAAGAAUCGGAUGAAGCAAGGUUUCGUUUUUUUUCUCCGCAGUGACCAGGGGCCCGGGAAUGGGAUCUUGCGAAUCCCUUCUUCUUACUUCUGCCAUGGUGACCGCAUGACAUGUCCUCAAAGCGAGGAGCUCAUCAACACCCCACUGACGAACCCUCAGCUUCUGCCGGCCUCUGGAAACGGGUAUGGUGUAGCGCAUCCUGCCAAAGUGAGAUUCAAUAAGGACAAGGGUGGAUGGUUGCAUUGGUCACCGGGCUGCUCACCUCAGCACACAUAUGCGGCAUUGUACGUAUUGGUGUCAAAAGAGAGCGGACACCCAGUGUACCUACAGAUCUCUCUCCCUGUGGGCAGAGUCCCGCCACCAUGAAUGAUGCCAUGCACCGGCUGAAGCAGCAUGAGUAACGGGUAUGGUGAUGCUGACUGAGGCACAAAGGGCAGGGCAGCAGUAGAUCUACUCAGUCUUCAAGAGCAGCUGGCUGUGGCUUCAACUGUAAAGCACCUGUAAGUCUCAUCCAAGCCCAUAGCCACAUAUAAACGUUUUUCAUAAAGUCAAUAGCGUCGGAAAAGCAACCGCAGAAUCAAAUCAGCACGGUCAA